AUGGUUCUACCUGGGAAUUGCUCCACAUCAGCAGCAUUAUGUAUGCAAUUUUUGACACAGCUGGCCGCUGUGGCCAUUGAUCAGGCCUAUCCAGCAGUGCCAAAUGACUACCAUCUGCCAAACAAAAAACUAUUCGUCUCAUAUCGAUCGGUCCCACCACCAGCACCGUCUCCAUCAUCUGCGGCUGUCCCAAUUCGUUUUAAUUCAUAUUCCUCAGUUGGUUCAAACAUUCGAGGCCUAAAUUCUCAAACUCUCCAUCCUGGAAGCAUGGAGCCGCCUCUUACACCCGGGAACUAUCGAUUGUAUAGCAUGAGAUUUUGUCCAUAUGCUCAGCGAGUUCUUAUCUAUUUGGCUAAGAAAAACAUUCCAGUAGAAGUGGUGAAUGUGAACCCUGACCGUAGUCCGAACUGGUAUUUGGCGAAAUCUCCAAUCGGAAGAGUCCCAGCACUGGAAAUUAAUGGAAAAGUGGUUUGGGAAUCUAAUGUGAUUGUGGAAUACCUGGAUGAGCUGUUCCCAACAACUACAGUACUCCCGAGAGAUGCCUUUGAGAAGGCACAUCAAAAAAUUCUAGUGGAACGAUUGUCACCGAUAAUGAACGCAUUAUUCGAGUUCUACAGUAGUAUGAGCAAUCAGCAGGCACAACGACAAAACGAUAUGAAUGUGCAUAGUGCUCUCAGAAAUGCCGAGAAUUUGUUGAGAGACUCGUUUUAUGGAGGUCGUCAACCCGGCUACGCCGACUAUCUCAUCUGGCCAUUUUUGGAACGUCUCCAACUUUUAACAAUGACUCAAAAUUCUCAAUUCCGAUAUUUUCCGGGUCUUCAUUAUCCGAAAAUUGGCGCCUACAUUGCUCGGAUGCAAAAUCAACCAGAGAUCAAAUUCUCAUCCCGCCCACUGACACAUCAUAAAGCGUACCUGGAUAGUUUUUCGAUGGGUAUGCCUAAUUACGAUUUUGGCAUUUAUGGAAAAUCUUAA